AUGUAUAAGGCUGCGGAAAGAUAUAAAGUUCCUAGACGAACAAUCAGAAAUCAUCUGCAGGCUGGCAUUUUAAAGAAAACUUUGGGUCGUAAACCUAUAUUGAGUCCGGAACAGGAAGCUGAACUUGUGAAAAGGAUAAUCAGAUACGCUGAAAUAGGCUUGCCAGUCAUACCGAGAAUACUGCGCCGAUUGGCGUUCUUGAAAAGGAACCCUGAAAUAUCAGUGAGAAAAGCUCAAUUUAUGAACCCGUAUCGAGCCCAAAAACUUAAUAGAUUUAUAGUCGAUGAUCAUUUCGCAAAACUGAGGACUAUCUAUGAGAACCUUGACUUACAUGGUCAUCCCGAAAGAAUUUAUAAUAUGGAUGAGAAGGGAUGCCGUCUAACAAUUCACCACCAGCAAAGCGUUUUGGCCAAAAAAGGUGCAAAAAGGAUUCAUUUGCUGUCUUCUGAACACGCUGGAAGUGUUACAAUUGCAGGAUGUGUGAAUGCACUCGGUACUGCCAUACCGCCAAUGAUCAUAUUUAAGGGCAAACGGUUAAAGCCAGAACUAUACGAUAACUUGCCACCAGGAUCAUUGGUAGAAAAAUCAUCAAAGGGGUACAUGACCAAUGAACUUUUCAAUAUAUUUUUAAACCAUCUGGCUAGAUACAAAAGCGCGGGGCCAUGCCUUCUGAUAUUUGAUGGAGAAGCAUGUCAUUUAAAAAGAAAAACUAAUCGGUGA